AUGGGAGGAGGCGACGUUGUUGUGGGUGGAAAUUGGUUGGUCGAAGAAAAAAUCGGAGAGGGAUCCUUCGGUGAGGUCUUUCGAGCUGUGCAUAUAACUACAAAAGAGCGUUAUGCGAUAAAGCGGGAAUUAAUCAAAAUAGACCAUCCUCAGCUACCACAUGAGGUUGAAGUUCUCAAAAUGCUUGAAGGAGCAUGUUUCAUACCGAAAGUACACUGGUUUGGAGAAGAAGGUAUCUACAAUGCCAUGGUCAUUGAUUUACUUGGGCCUAAUCUGAGAUUGCUUCGACAAGCCUACGGGGCGCUUCCCAUAGCUUUCGUGAGUGACAUAGCUCAGCAAAUGGUCACAAUCUUGGAGUAUGUGCACAAACGUGGUAUCGUCUAUCGAGACAUGAAACCUGACAAUUUUCUUCUGGAGAGAGACUUUCCACUACCGAUAAGUCGACUUUCCAUUUACGAUUCUGAUGAUGAUAUUCCUGAAUCAAAGCUCCGUGACCACAAGUUGCUUGUAGGAAGAAAACAUCGCAUGAACAUCGUGGAUUUUGGGCUUUCAACAUACUACAUCAAUCCGGAAACGGGAAAGCACAUCUGUAAGAGUCAAUCUCCGAUAAAAAACAAGACCGGUACGGCUCGAUAUGCAGCGCUUGGCGUUCAUCGUGGAUUACCACACACUCGUCGUGACGACUUGGAAUCACUCGGAUACGUCUUGCUUGAGAUGUUACGCGGUGAUCUUCCUUGGGCGGGAGUCACUGCACGCAACUCGCGACAAGGAUGGGCUAAGAUGCAAAAGAUAAAAGAGGAAACUCCCCUUGAUGAGUUAUACGAAGGGUUCCCUCGGGGUUUCAUGAUUUACACUCAGUACACCAGAAGUUUGGGAUUCGAUCAAGAGCCUGAUUAUAAUCAUCUACGGGAAUUUGCUACGGUGGGAAAAGGAUCAGAAGCCGAGCUGGUUGUUCAAGAAUCUCAAUGGUUCUUUGACGACGAUCGUCCAAUGUCUCCACGAAAUCGUAACCACAGAUCCCAAUCUCCGCUGACGAUAAAGCCUCCACGUUGCAUUUUGGAUUAUGACGAAGAUCUGACUCUCGGAUCUCCACCUCCUUCGCCGUUCUACAAACGAAGCAAGAAUUCUUCGUGCAAGACUAAAAAUAAAGAUGACAUAUCCGGCCUUGGUUCCAGCGAGCGUUCGAACUCUUUGACUUCCUCGAUGUCGUUUCAGAAAUCUCCGUCACGUACAUACUCAUUACCUCAUCGCGAUCCUGGUCAAGUAGACAAUCUUAGUCAUCCCAACGGUCGUGAUUAUGAAAAACGUGGCAAGCGCCCGGAAAAUGUCCGAAGGUCGUCAUACGUCAAACGUCCUAUUGUAAAAAGCUCAUGGAAUACCGUUCAAGAUCCUGCUGCAUUAUGGGACCAUGAAGUUCGUCAAUUUGAGAAUGCCUGGAAAAAUGGACGCUCGUGGAAUGAAGAUAAUGUUGAUAGCCAAGAAGUUAAUUCUGUGCCAUCGACUCCGGUCAACGAGUCGGCCUUUUGGAUGGAUAAUGCUGAUGAUGAAUUUAAGGGUUUCGAUGGUGGCCUCGGAGGUGAAACCGAUGGAUGGAUAAACCACGAUGAAAAUGUGUUGAUAUCAACUGAUGGAAAUGGAAAAUCGAAGGUACCAUGGUUUGACAAAACCAGGUCGCCUGCUUUUCGCAAUGGGGUUGAUGGUAAUCAUGAAUAUUCUGGAGAAAGAUCUCGUUCUUUGACUGCAAAAGCGAGCCGCGAAUGGAGAGACUUGCAAACCAGGAGGCCUUCUAUUCCAUCUCCUUUAUCAUCCACCAUUCCAUCAGGAUCUACGGAUCAUGACAAAGGUGGUAUUCCCGCCCGUGUAUCAUCGCCGAAUAAUAAAUUUGAUCAAUAUUACAUUGGAAUCAACGAAAAUAUUCCACUGGGUCCGAGGAGGAGCAUUCCAAACAUACGUACAAACGGUUUGGCAUCGAAAUUUAUUAAACGAAGCACACCCAAUCUUCGUGAUUCAGCUCUCAACAGUUCGGUUCCAUCAUCUACCAUAAAAAGAGCAAUGGCUCAUAUGCAAGAUGCUCAGCCUACGGCAGCUCAAGGAGGUAGAAAAACUCUUUCGAAUAAUGCACGUUGUGCGACUUCGCCCAUACCUAUUAGCAAUUCUAAUCUGAAUCAACGAGAUGACAAGGACGUCAAUAGAAUAUACACCACUACAACAAAUCUUUCCUCCCCCAAGGAUGUCAGGUAUUCGCCACAAGAUGCGAGAUAUUCGAUUCAGGACGCUAGGUCCUGUUCAAAUCGCGAGGGUAGUAAGAGUCGCGAACGUAACAAGGCGCACAACAGAGAGCGAUCGUAUACAUUCUCCAGUGGACCUGUUAGCCCUCCUAACAAUGUAUCUCAUUCAAAAUCGACCGCCAAUUCCCCACCGAAGCCAUGGCCUAAUAUCAGACGAGAGAGAUCAUAUACGUACAGUAGUGGUGGAAAAUUAAAUGGCAAUGCCCCUGGAGGAAAAGCUGGACACGAUCGUCAUCGGCCUCCUCCUCUCGCUCAACUACCGCCUCGAAACUUUGUCAAUAAAGGUGACAUCCCGAAAACACCGCAAAAACUCAAAAAUGAUCUAAAGGGAGAUUUGAAUUCUAACCAGAAUAAUCUGCAAGCUGUUGAGAAUUUCCCUCCGCGUGCAAAAUCUGUCUCUCCUUUGUACGACGCUCGACCAAGGGAUUUAACUUCCGGGUCAAAAAAGUCUGAAGGUUCUCUGAACAUCGUGACCACUUCAUCUUCAACAGAAGGUUCCACCACCCCUUCUCCGAUAUCACCAAAUUCAAGUGAAACGAAUAUUAGAGUUUCCUCACCUACGUCAGUUCAUCAUGUGAAAUUCGCAGAUGAUCUUGAAGUUUCAACUCCUUCAAAUAGACACGUAAACUUUUCUCAUCGCAGGCAAAGCCUUUCGUCGAUUGCUAGCGGCGAGAUCUCGUCUAGAACUCGAAACCUUGCAUCAAAAGAGGUCAGGCCGUUCCAGGAUUCCUACUUUUCAAAGUAUUCGAACUUGGACG